UUUUUCACGAUUGAACGUCAAAGCAAAAAUGAAGCUCUCUUUGUUUCUUCUUUUAAUAUUGGUGGUUUAUAAUUGUUCGGCAUAUGCAAUCGCCAAUCCUGAAGCAGAACCAAAUCCUGAUCCAGACGCAGGACCAAAAGCAACUGCUGAAGCAGAUGCCAUCGCUAACCCUAAUGCAGGAGCGAAGAGAUCAGGAAACAGGCGUCGCUCUUCAGGUCGUAAACCUCCAUCCAGUCGUCAUCCGUCAACUGGGCACCAUUCUUCAGAUGGGCAUCAUUCCUCGACUAGCCAUCAUACACCAGGUGGACAUGAUUCUAGUGGCGAACAUCAUCCCUCAGCAGAGCAUCAUACUCCAGGUGGGCAUCAUUCAACAAGCGAACAUCAAUCCGGACAUAACAAUCACCACUCUACCGAUGACCACGACUCAAAAUCAUCCAGUUGGAGCGAUAAAUUCCUUCAUGGCUUAGAUUCAUUAUCGGAUAUAACUGGUAAUGUUGCAGAAAUAGCCCCGGAACUGUCUAGUAUAGUUAAAGAUAUUACCGAAACUAUCAACGGUACACCCAAAGAACAAUCUAAUGAAGACGAUGUAAAUUAUAAUGAAGAUGAAGCUGAAGAUGAAGAUGAAGAUGAAGAUGAAGAAGGUAUUGCAAAUAGAUUCGGUAGUCCCCCACGGGACGAUGUAUUGCAUCAUGGCCUCGGACAUAUGGCAGAACUAAGUGGUAAAUGAUGAAAACGACUCCGAUGACGAUGAGAUAGAGG